GUAACAAAGCCACUAUAAACACAAACAACGUACCAACUCAACCACUGGUUGCCUUAUAAUACCAACCAAACCCCCUCCCCUGUAAACCACACCGCCAUCCCGCAAGUCAUCAAAGCCGACAGGUGCGCCUGCCUUGGUGACGCGCGCGGCUACGCCAUGUCCGGCGGCGCCAAGAGCAAGGCGCCCAAGACCGCCGCGCCACUCCUCGGCAAGUACGAGCUCGGCCGCCUCCUCGGCCGCGGCAGCUUCGCCAAGGUCUACCACGCGCGCUCCCUCGCCAGCGGCGACCCCGUCGCCGUCAAGGUGCUCGACAAGCCCGAGCUCGCUGCCACCGGCAUGGCCGCGCGCUUGCUCCGCGAGGUCUCCGCCAUGCGCCGCCUCCGCCAUCCCAACGUCCUCCGCCUCCACGAGGUGCUCGCCACGCGCUCCAAGGUCUACCUCGUCAUGGAGCUCGCCCCGGGGGGCGACCUCCUCUCCAGGCUCGCCUCCCUGGGCGCGCGCAGGCUCCCCGAGCACGCCGCGCGCCGCGUCUUCCUCCAGCUCGUGUCCGCGCUCAUCUACUGCCACGCGCGCGGCGUCUCCCACCGCGACGUCAAGCCGCAGAACGUGCUCCUCGACGCCGACGGCAACCUCAAGGUCUCCGACUUCGGCCUCGCCGCGCUCCCGGACUCGCUCCGCGACGACGGGCGCCUGCACACCGCCUGCGGGACGCCCGCCUUCGCCGCGCCCGAGGUCCUCCGCCGCAAGGCCUACGACGGCGCCAAGGCCGACGCCUGGUCCUGCGGCGUCAUCCUCUUCGUCCUCCUCGCGGGCCACCUCCCCUUCGACGACUCCAACAUCGCCGACAUGUGCCGUAAGGCGCAGCGCCGCGAGUACGCGAUCCCGCGGUGGGUGUCGCAGCCAGCGCGCCGCCUCGUGUCCCGCCUGCUCGACCCCAACCCAGCCACCCGCCUCGCCGUCGCGGACCUCGGGAGCCACCCGUGGUUCAAGCGCUCGAGAAGCGUCGACUCCCAGCUCGGAGGCCUCCUCGGCGGCCAGCAGGAGCGCGAGCUGGCGUUCCAGGCCCUGCCUGCGCUGAACGCGUUCGACAUCAUCUCCAUGUCCCCGGGGCUCGACCUAUCCGGGCUGUUCGGCGAGAGCAGGCGGAUCCGUGAGAAACGGUUCAUGACGACGGCGUCGCCGGAGCAGACGGUGGAGCGACUCGGGCAGUCGGGCGCGAAGCUCGGCUACUUCAUGGUGGGCAAGAAGGGAGUCGAGCGCCUACCUCUGGGCGGCCUGUCAGGACUGGUGGCGAUGUCGAUGGAGAUGUCGGAGGUGUCCCCGGCGCUGAUGCUCGUGGAGCUGAGGCUGGAGGGCGGCGACGGCGACGAGGCCGAGGCCUUCGGCUGGGAGGAGCUCAGGGUGGAGCUAGGGGACGUGGUCACGGCAUGGCAUGUGUGCGAAGAAGGUUAAAAAUUUGUGAGAAGCUGCCAUGGUCUUUGCAAAAGAAUAUGGAAGGAUUAAAGCUGAAAUUCUUUUGUAGGAUGGAGGUGUAAGUAUAGUAUCAUGUCAAAGUUGGUAAAUUAGGGCGCAUUGUAUGGUUUCAAGGAUUAGAUUGUUGGUUCAAUCAAAUUGUGAUGUUUGUGAUUAGGUUGUCUCAUAGUUGAAUCUAGAUCUUUUUUAAUUGAUGCUUCAAGUGUUGAAAAA